AUGGUGCUUUGUUUGGUCGUUAAUUGUGGUAGAAAAUCGGGAAGACGCGGCAAAAAGAGAGGUACGGAAGACGACGAUCAUGGGCCUAACCAGACGGACAACGAAAAAAGUUCCGGCAUCAGUUUUUCUAGAGUUCCAACCAUCAUCACGAAUGAAGGUAAUGCUAUGGAAGACUUAACAAGAGAGAGAAGAAGGCGUUGGAUUUCAGCUUUAAGUAGAGAUGAUUUGACGGAAAAGAAGUUAGCAAAUGAUCGCGUUUGUAACCUGCAUUUUGUGUCUGGUAGGGCUGCCAAGAACUGGGACAGAUUCAAUGUUGACUGGGUACCAACUCUGAGGCUUGGCCACACAAACAAGCUUGAAAAGGACCAUUCCCAUGUUAAAGAAAGAGCUGCUAGGGUUACAAGCAGACGUAAACGUGUGAAUGAUAAUCGUAAGCAUGAAAGUGAAGAGAAGAGAGUAAGGGAAGAUGAUGGCCUGUCAAUUGCCAGCAUUUUUGGUAUCCAAGAAGAACCAAUGCCAAGACAGCGAGAAAUCACAUCCAAUGAAGCAAUAAGCAUGGGAGUUACUGUUGAUUCUGGCCAAUGUAUUCAACCAGCUGAAGAAACCAGAGUAUGUGAUGCUGAAACAAAUACUGAUGAGCUCAAUUAUUUGUUCCAAGGCCUAGCCAUCAAAACAGAACCAUUUACACAAGAGUGCUUCAUUAAUGAUGAUACCAAGGUCAGGUUUUACACUGGACUGCCAUCAUAUGAUGUCCUGCAGACAACUUUUGAUUUUGUAAAGCCUCUUAUUGAUGGAAAAUCAGCUACAUUGCAGAGCUUCCAGCAGUUCAUAUUAGUUUUGAUGAAAUUGAGGUUGAAUGUACCCCAUCAGGAUCUUGCCUACAGAUUUGGUGUAUCUGUGCCAACAGUUUCAAGAAUAUUCAAGAAAUUGAUAAACAUUCUUGAUAAGAAACUAAGUCCAAUUAUUUCAUGGCCUGAGAGGGAAGACUUAUGGCGCACUAUGCCCAAGUGCUUUCAGUUUUCUUUUGGCAAAAGGGUAACAGUGAUAAUUGACUGUUUUGAAGUGUUUAUAGAGAGACCAUCUAACCUGUUGGCAAGAGCACAGACAUACUCUAAUUACAAGAGCUACAAUACUGUCAAAGUGUUAAUUGGUAUUACUCCACAGGGUACAAUAAGUUUUGUAUCUGAAGCAUGGGGUGGACGGACUUCAGACAAGUUUUUGACAGAUAAUUGUGGGAUUCUAAGGUUACUUAAUCCAGGAGACUUGGUGAUGGCAGACAGGGGCUUCACUAUACAAGAAAGUUUGUUGUUUUAUCAAGCAGAAUUGGCUAUCCCAGCAUUUACACGAGGUAAAGAUCAGCUUGACCCCAUUGAUGUUGAGAAAACUAGGGGUAUCGCAAAUGUGAGGAUACAUGUAGAACGAGUGAUAGGACUGUUGCGCAGAAAAUACACAAUCCUUCAGAGUACACUCCCAAUUGACUAUCUUAUUUGUUCAAGCGGAAGUCAAAGCCCUCUCAUUUACAAAAUCUUACGUGUGACAGCUUCUUUAACAAAUCUUUGUCCUUCAAUUGUUCCAUUUGACUAG